AUGACGAAAGGUUGCAGUAUUCUGUAUUCAUUUCUAGUGCUUGUUUCACUACUUCUCCCAAUACUCAGAGUCUGUAAUGCUAGUGAUCGCUGGAACUUAACAAUAUGGUGCAGCAGAACACCAAAUCCGAGAAUCUGUGAGUCCUGUGUUCAGCUCAUUUAUCCUGAUAAAUUUAGUCUUGAACAAUUUCAACAAGGAACCAUGAUUCUUGCUAUACAAGAAGCUGUCAAUGCGACCAAAAUUGUCUGGAAAAACGUACAUAAUUUGAAAACUGAGAGGGAGAAGACAAGAUGGAAGAGCUGCGGCAAUCACAUAGAUGCUACCAUUCAUGACCUUGCUACUGCCAUCAGUGCUGAUUCUGAUGACGGUAGACAAGAUCCUUUGAACAAGGCUUUGGCAAGUGUGGCAGAGUGUUACAAGGAAUCAGUGAGGGGAAAAAGCAAAGAAAAUCGUUUAGGAGUCAUCUCAAGUCAUCUUUAUAAGUUGGUUGAGAAUGCUAUAGCUGUUAACAACAGUACUAUUGCUCUGUUGAUGAAAGUUGAAAGAAAACUGAGUGGAAAACAAGAAAAUGGAUGUAAGGAGACGUCUAGGCACUUCAAGAACAUAUCUCAGCAGCAGGGAACAGCUCCUAGCAUAAGCCCCCUGGGGGAAGGGACUUAUCCUAUAAGAGCCUCUUCCACAGGUGCCCAAAUUAAAAUUGUAGUCGCGAAGGACGGCUCAGGGGACUUAGAAACCAUAAAGGCGGCUCUAGACACUGCGCAGAGUAGAGCUGGUGGUAGGUUCUUGAUUCACUUGAAGAAGGGUAUUUAUAACGAGUACGUUGUCAUACCUUCCCAUUUGAAGGACGUAAGGAUGAUUGGAGAUGGCAUAGGGAAGACGAUUAUCACAGGGAAUAAGCAUUCAGGCCACAAUGGAAUAGAUACCUAUACAUCUGCUACAUUCGCUGUGGAAGCAUCGGGAUUCAUUGCAGAGGGCAUCACUUUCAGGAACACGGCAGGCCGCCAUGGCGGCCAGGCGGUGGCCUUGAGAUCACAUUCUGAUCACUCGGCCUUCUACAAAUGCAGCUUCGAGAGUUAUCAGGACACACUAUUCCUAUUUCCAGGCAGGCACUUCUUCCGAGACUGUGACAUAUACGGGUCCAUGGACAUGAUCUGCGGCGACUCCACCGCCGUCUUCCAGAACUGCAACAUAUUUCUCAGAAAACACACGGGUGAUGAUGUCGUCAUAACUGCCCAGAAACGAAGCGGACGAGACGGUGGCAGUGGCUUCGUAAUCCAAAAUUCCAGGGUGGUUCUGACGGAAGAACUCAGGCCGCUGGGUGGAGAGAGAGUGUUCCUGGGAAGGCCCUGGGGGAAGUUUUCCAGGACAGUUUUCAUGAAAACUUACCUGGAAGGAAUUUCCAAGCAGGGUUGGAGAGAAAUGCACGAAAACAGGGACGGGGAUCUUGUUUACUAUGCUGAGUUUGAGAAUACGGGCCCUGGGGCAGAUACUUCGGGCCGGAUAAAAUGGCGCGGCGUUCGUGUUAUAGAUGAAAAGGAGGCGUCGGAAUUCACAGUGGGGAGAUUUCUCCAUGGGAGGUCGUGGUUGCCUGCUACAGGGAUACCAUACGACUCUGACCUUUGAUUUCUGGAGCUGAACAUCUUCCGUCGUGAAUCGGUUGCGCCGCCGGGUUUGGUGGUGCUGUGGAAGAAUCUUUUUAGACGGGCGCCGAAAAUGACUUCAGAAGGCCGGUGCUGUCUUGCUCCGUGUUUCACGACUAGAUUCUUCGUAUUUACAGAUUAACCCCAUACCAAAAAUUUUUCUUCACUUUUAGCCCCAUAUAAUAGCAAGUGUAAAUCAAAUCGUCCUCAGUGUAAAAAUUAAUUUUGGGCCUUGGAGAAGA